AUGAGUCAUCUUUCGAAUGGAGAAAAGGGUAUGGGCGAUAACGAGGCUCAAACGAUCCCCGUGGCGUUUGCAACAGCAUCGCCUGAAGAAGUCUCUCCGGCACCACAAGCUAUUGCGCCACAAAUGGUUCAGGCAGUCACUAUUCAGAAUCCUGGUGUGAUUCAGCAGACGAUGGCAGCAGCACCCCAACAACAACAGCUACAGCAGCAACAGCAGCAACAGCAGCAACAACAAGUGAUUCUGCAAAGUCAACAGGCGCCCUUGCAACAAAUACCAGAAUCAUUACGAUCGGAAGUACAAAGUGGAGUAAUCCACCCUUCCGCAGUUCAGGCGGCUCCUAUCAAUAGCACAGGCCUUGUAGUUCCGCAGCAACAGGUCAUUCCUGUAAUUCAUCAACAGCCACAAACGUUUUUGCAACAAGUUCAAGAGCCAGUGCAAACUGAAUCACCAGUUCCGGUUGUCCACCCCUCCAGAGUGAGUCCGGUAACUAUUGAGAAUUCUGGUACUGUUCAGCAGACAGCACUACAGCAACAAGAACAAGGUAUUCCGGCAAGUCCACAACCGUCUCUGCAGCAAAUGCAAGUAACAUUACCAGCUGAAGCAUCAACUGCAGUUAUCCAGCCCUCCACGGUCCAUCUGGUUGCUAUUGAUAAUGCUGGUAUUAUUCAGCAGGCAUCACCCCAGCAGCAGCAAGUUGUUUUGCAAAUUCAGCAUCCGCCUUUGCAGCAACCGCUUUUGCAGCAAGUACAAGAACCAUUGCCAUCUGAAGCACCAGGUGGAGUUAUCCACCAGUCUGCAGUCCAAGCGGUGGCUAUUAAUAACCCUGGAACUGUUCAGCAGAUAGCAGCACCCCAAGAACAGCAAGGUAUUUCGCAGAGUCAACAGCCGGCUGUGCUACAACCGCCUUUGCAACAAGUACAAGAACCAUUGCCAUCUGCAACACCAGUCCUCCGACCAUCCAGAGUCCGUGCAGCUACUAUUGAUUACUCUGAUAUUAUUCAGCAGACAGCGCACCAACAACAAGAACCGCCUUUGCAACAAGGGCAAGAGCAAUUGUCAGUUCAAUCAUCAGGUGCAGUUCUCCACCCUACCACAGUCCAGGACGUAACAAUGGCUGAUUCGGUUAUUGUUCAGCAACCAGCAACUCAACAACAAUACGGUAUUGCGGUGACUCAACCGCAGGCACUGCAACAAGGACAAGAACACAUGCUACACCAAGCAUCAGAUGCAGUUCUCCAGCACCCCUCCACAGCCCAGGCUGUCACAAGUGUCGACUCGGCUAGUGUUCAGCAACAACAACAACAAUAUGGUAUUCAAGCAAGUCAACAGACAGAUUCUGAUUCGGACCAAGGACAAGAACCACCAGGCGCGGUUCUUCAUCCAUCCACGGGCGAUUUGCUUUCAAUGAAUGAAAUGGCUAUGAUUGAACAGACAGCAGCCCAACAACAACAACUACUACAUCAUGGUAUUCCAUCAAGUCAGCAGCCGGAUUCGGAACAAGGACAAGAACCACCAGGUGCGGUCCUCCACCCCUUCACAGGAGAUUUGGUUGCUACCGAUAAUUCCGCUAUUAUUCAGCAGACAGCACCCCAUCAGCACCAAGAUAGUACGCCAAGUCAUCCUCAGCCGCUAUUGCCACCAGGACAAUUGGCACCUCAAGUACCCACUGCACGUGCGGUUACGAUUGAUAACUCUGACAUUUUUCAGCAGAUAGCAGCCCAACAACAGCAGCAGCAGCAGCAACAACAACAACAAGGUAUUCCGCAAAGUCACCAGCCGCCUUUGCCACCGCGAGCACCCCCUGUCCGUGCGGCUACUGUUGAUAACUCAGUUAUUAUUCAGGAGGCAGUAGCCCAACAGCAACAAGGCAUCCCACCAAGUCACCAGCCGCCUUUGCAGCGAGGACAAGAAACAUUGCCAUCUGGAUCACAGGCUGCAGUAAUCCACCACUCCGCAGCUCAUGCGGUUAGUAUGAAAGAAUCGGAUAUUCUUCGGCAACCAGAACCACCACAACCACAAUGCAUUCCGCGAAGCCAGCAGCCGCCUUUGCCAAUGCGAGCAUCAGGUGCAGUUCGCCGUCCGAGACAUGCCCGUGGGGUUACUAUUGAUAACUCGGCCUUUUUUCAGCAGAUGGCAAUCGAACAACAAAGAAGUCAACAGCAGCCUUUGCACCCAAGCCAAUUGUCAGCGCAAGCAUUCACUGUGCGUGCUGCUACUAUUGAUAACUCUGAUAUCAUUCAACUGGCAGCCCAAUACCAACAAGGCAUCCCGCAACGUCAACAAGAACCUUCUGUGCAACAAGGACAUGAACCAGAGCCAUUUUCUUCUGCAUCAUCAGAUGCAAAUCUCCACCACUCCGCAGCACAGGCGGUAAGUAUUGAUGAACCGGAUUUUAUCCAACGAGCGGAACCACAGCAACACGGCAUUUUGGCAAGUCAACAGCUACCGAUUCAACAAGGACAAGAGCCAUUGCCAUCUGGAUCACCAGAUGUCGUUAUCCAACCCUCCACAGUUCAUGUGGUUACUUUUGAUGAACAGCCUACGGCUGGUGAUGUCACGAAUGGGCUGCUCCUGCAGCAAGACACAAUAGGCCAGGAGUCCACACCAUUACUUCACCAGAGUACUAGCAGUAUUGGACCUCAUAGUGAAAGGACGACAAGCGAUAUCCCUUUUGGAGAUGAAAAUGACGACCACUAUGACGAGUCCAAAGAUGGCGGUGCCCAAUGUUAUAAUCUGCCUUGGGCCAUCCUCUUCUGGGCACAUAUCGCCGCAGUUGUAUAUGCUGGUACGCAGCUUGCUCCCCAAGGAUAUGCCAUGAUUGAGAACGAUGAUUUUGAUUUGGAGCAGCUCCACGACUUUAUGCAGCGAAAUUUUGUCAACGAUGACGACUUUACCGAGCAAGACUUGGACAAGUUGACCGACUUCUUGCAUGAAUUCCAAAAAUGGUGGGCCAUAUACCCCCCACGCAUCUUAUGCUUUGCAGUACUGAUGGUUUCGGUGUCUUUCUGCCUGAACUUAUUCAAGAAUCACUUUAUUAUCCGGAAGAAAGCUCUCUUGUUUGUGACUUCAAGCGUGGUCGUGCCAGGUGUCCUGUUUGGUAUCAUUCUGGUGCUCAAUUUAUCGAAUUUGGGACUAUUUGGCUUUCUUUUCUGUGCAGUCGUAGCAGUGGCCGUUGCACUCUAUGUUCGCAAAAGGCUUUGGCCAAAGCUAGAUUUUGCUGCGUUGAACCUGGAAAUUGCUCUCGCUGGAAUUGGAGGCAACCUUGGAACUUACUUGUGGGUACAAACUUGUGCUGAAGUCACAAUGUUGUGGAUCAUAUUUUGGUUCUAUACCUUCUUUGGAAUGAUUCCAUAUGUGACAGCAACAAGAUGCCCUGAGAUGGCACAGCAUUUUGACCCGAACAGCAACGAACAAUGCGUUCCAACGGGAAGAGUAUUGUUGGGACUCUUGUUCUCGCUCUACUGGACAUUGUCCUACGUUGGCAAUACCGUUCAAGUCUAUGUUUCGGGAGUAAUGGCAACGUGGUGUUACGAUAAGAAUGCUGCCCAAGGAUUCUGCUCUAGUGCUGUGACAAGUUCUAUGUACCGAAGCCUGACUUUCUCGUCUGGACCAAUCGCAUUCGGCAGCUUGUUCCAAGGUGUCUCCAAGGUGCUUCGAUCAAUACUCAGUCAUUCAAACCAAAAUCAACAUCGAAGCAACCAAGUUGUUUAUGACGCCGGUGACGAUUGCCGAUGCUGCUGCUUUGGCAUUUGUGGCCUCGUCCUGGAGUGUCUCUCUGAGAUAUUUGGAGAAGUCUUGGAUUAUUUCAAUCAAUGGGCCUACUGCUUCGUUGGAAUCAACGGCACCUCUUAUCUUGAGAGUGGCAAGGCCGCGAUGAAUCUGUUCAAGACACGAGGUUGGACUGCAUUGAUCACUGAUCGGCUAGUCGCCUUGGUGCUUCAUAUCGGAAUUCUGGAAAGCGGCAUUGUCACCGGGUUGGCAACCAUUGCCAUGGAACGAGCAGUGACCUUGAUUGCAUACCCAGCAGAUCACAGUGAUUUGCCUUCAUCCUAUGUCUUUGGACCUGCAACCAGUGUUGGAUGGGCGAGCAUGAUCUUUGGAUUCAUUAUUGGGUGUGUCAUGUCGGGAAUCAUGAUGAAUGUAAUUCACGGUGCCGUCAAUACCUUAAUCAUUUGCUGGGCAGAGUCGCCAGAAAUCUUCAAGGACAAUCAUAAGCAUUGGGCGAAUGAAAUGGCAGAAGUUUGGUCAUUAGCCUUCCCAGGAACUCAAAUCCAAGAAGAAAGGAGCAAUUCACUACCAGCAAGCCCAGCCCCUGCAAGAUACGGAGCAACAACGGUGACCGUCCUGCCGUAG